GUUUUAUUAGAUAUUGCAAAGUUUAUUGAAUUUAUAUUAUUCAUUUCUUAAUAAAAAUGGCUUUUACUGUAACAAAAACAUCAUCAAAACAAAAGUUCAAACAUUUUCAGGAUAUUCGUUCAUUUUUCAAACCAAAGACAUCAGUGAAAGAUGAUGACAGUGAUGUUAUCCCGGAAUCACCUCAAAUGGAGAUCAAAAAGAAGGAGAAGAAGUCACGAAGAAAAAGGGCAAUAUCAGAUGAUUCUGAUGAAGAUAUUCAAAAAAAGAAAAUUCAAAAGAAAGGAACUGAAGAAGAUUUGAAUAAAAGAAAACAAAAGAAGUCUAAUCAUAACACAUUGAAAGAGGUUAAAUCUGUUGACCUUUUUGGUGAUACAUCCAUAAAAAGGAGUGAACCUUUAUUAGUUAAGAAAAAUAAAAAAACCGAAACUGGUAUUCAUUCAGAUGAUGAAUUCGAAAUGAGUUUAUUAGAACUAGAUCAAAUAGAAGAAGCGGAAGGUACAAAUAAAUCAAUAGGUGACAAAGAAAAAGAUAAAAUAGAAACGAAUGAAACAACAAAUAAAAAAGUUAAAGGUAAUGUAACAAAACCAGAAAGAAGUCCUAUAAAAAGAGAAGAAACGUCAGUCAAACAAGAAAGAACUCCAAAAGAAAAGUCAAAGGAAACAAAGAGAAAUGUCGAAAAAGAUCGACAUAGUAAUGAUGAAAAAAGUCCAACAGAUAAAUCUAAGCAAGUAAAUCAUGAUGAUACACAUAAUGAUGAUGCUAAAAUAAAUGGUAUUGAACAAAAGGCAGAUUUUAGUGAAUUCAUUGAAAACACGCAAACUGAAGAAGUUCGUAAAGGCAAGAAACGGAAAAUGGAUAAAAGUCUUAAUGAAUCUGUGCUAACAGAUGAAGAAAGACAUGAAAGGAAAAUCAUGUCAGCGGCACUCUACAAAAAUUAUUUAAACAGAUCUGGACCUAAACAUUUAGGUGCAAAAGAAAUUCCAAAGGGUACACCAGAUUGUUUAAAAGAUUGUGCCUUCAUUCUAACUGGAGUAUUGGAUUCAUUUGAAAAGGAAGAUAUUACUAAAGCAAUAAAUAGUUUUGGUGGAUGUGUUAAAAGUGCUGUUACGAAAAAGGUAACUCAUGUCCUUGCAGGCGAGGACCCAGGCCCAGCAAAAAUGGCUAAAGCCGAAGAACUGGGCAUAAAAAUAAUCAACGAAGAUGAAUUCUUACAAAUGGUUAUAGAUUUAUCUAACAAAAAUAAAACAACAAUAAAGGAAGAACCUAAAUCGGCAAAGAAACCCAAAAAAGCGCAAUCUAAAUCACCAACAGAUAAAAAAGAAAUUAAUACUAAAUCAGAUGUUAAAGAAAUAAAAAUUAAAUCUAAAAGUGAUAUUAAAACUGAAAUUAAGUCAGAAAAAAUGGAUAUAAGUUUUAGUAUGCAUAAAAGUAAAUCUGAAGGGACAUCGGAUAAAAUUGAAACUGCGAAGGAAAGAACAAUACAAAAUCCAGAAACAAGUAAUACUGAUGUCUUCAAAUCGGGUGCGCAAACAGUUAAUUCCAUGUUGUGGGUCGACAAGUACAAACCGGUGAACGUAAAACAAAUAAUAGGUCAGCAUGGACCAAACAGUAAUGUUAAAAAAUUGACAAAUUGGUUGACAAAAUGGUACGCCAAUAGAAAAGCUAAACUUCCUAAGCCCAAUCCGUGGGCUAAGAACGAUGAUGGAGGGUUCUAUAAAGCAGCCUUACUUUCAGGACCUCCUGGUGUUGGUAAAACAACAACUGUGUCUCUAGUAUGUAAGGAAAUGGGCUUUGAUGUGGUGGAAUUCAACGCUUCAGAUACAAGGAAUAAAACAUUAAUAAAGGAACAAAUCGGUGAACUAUUAACUACAACUUCAUUAUCAGGAUAUGCGAGAGGUGAUACAAGUAAACAAGCCAUUUCAAAGAAACAUGUUUUAGUUAUGGAUGAGGUUGACGGAAUGGCUGGUAAUGAAGACAGAGGUGGUCUACAAGAAUUAAUUGGCUUAAUAAAGUCAACAUCAGUUCCCAUCAUCUGCAUGUGCAAUGAUAGAAAUAGUCAGAAGAUGCGGUCACUUGUCAACUACUGCUAUGAUCUGCGCUUCAACAGACCUACUGUCGAACAAAUUAAGUCGGCGAUGAUGUCUACAUGUUUCAAAGAGCACAUCAGGAUUCCGGGCGAAGUUCUGUCACAGCUGAUCGUAGCCGCGGGUCAGGAUGUGCGGCAAACGCUGCACCUGCUUUCCAUAUGGGCUGCAGACCCCAACCUUGCCGAUCCUGAGAGACUAAAGAAUGAUGCUAAGAGGAUCAAGAAAGAUGUUAAAUUGGGUCCAUGGGAAGCAGUAAGAAAGGUUUUUUCAGAAUCUGAGCAUAAGAACAUGUCAAUAAGCGACAGAUCGGAUCUCUUUUUCUACGAUUACAGUCUCGCGCCGCUCUUUGUGCAGGAGAACUACAUACAAGUUGUGCCUCAUUGUCCCAAGGACAAGAUAUUGGAUCGUCUGAGCAUGGCCGCGGACAGCAUCAGCCUCGGUGACCUAGUGGAUGCGAGGAUACGAGGCAGUCAAGCUUGGAACUUACUGCCCAUACAGGCAAUGUACAGCUCGGUGAUCCCGGGGCAGGCGAUGGCGGGACACGUGGCGGGACAGAUUCAGUUCCCCGGCUGGCUGGGCAAGAACUCGCGCGCCGGCAAACUGCAGCGUCUCGGACAGGAGAUACACGCGCACACCAGGCUCAGCACCUCCGGUUCAAAAUCUUCAAUAUUCCUGGACUAUGCUAUGCAUCUGCGAGAUGCGGUUGUGAAUCCGCUGCUCACUCACAAGGUCGACGGCAUCCAGCAGUCUCUAGAUAUAUUGGAGUCUUACCACCUCCUGAGGGAGGAUUUGGAUUCACUUAUCGAGCUGUCUUUGUGGCCAGGACAACGCAAUCCAUUGAUAUUAAUUGAUUCCAAAGUGAAAGCAUCAAUGACUCGUCUAUAUAACAAGCGCGCGAGUGCGCUGCCGUACGCACCUGGCGGCGUGCGGCGCGCUAAGCCUACGGAUAACGAUGCACACGACACAAACGACCUGCUAGAACAGGAUGACGAGAUCGACCCAGAUGAUAAAGAAGAGGAUAGCGACCCAGAGAAUGACGCGAUGAUCAAGAAAAAGAAAGUCAAUAAAGAUAAAGCAGCACCUAAAGAUAAACCAAGUACAAGUAAGGAAAAGAAGAAAAAGAAAUAAUCAAGUUUUUGAAACAAAUUGGGAGUUUUAUACCUUGCUGUGAAUCUUGUGUACCACUUUUACAAACUACUAUACUACUUGAACUCUUGCAAGGGCUGGUUAUACAACUCUAUGCCAUGUUUUAAUAAUCAGUCUUUUGCCUAAUUUUAGAAAUAAAUAACAGUAUUAAUAAAUUGGUUCUUAAGAUUGUAAAUCAUGUAAAAAAUUUAAGAUGAAUAAAGAGAGGUUUUUACUGUAUUUUCUGAAUGUAUUAUUUCCCUACAAUGUCAACUGUUUUUUUUAAAUUAUUAAACAUACAUUUACAAAUUGCCUCUUAUUUCAAAGUGACAGUUAAUUGCAUAAAAGCAACAUUUAGAAAUAUUAUGUAGACCUUUGUAAGAAGAAAAAAUGUAAUCUUUUAAAAAAAAAGCUGUUGUUUUUAGAAUUCUCAUUAUGAAAAUAGCUUCAUAUUCAAACUGUAAUGUAGUGUUUUUAUUUAAACUAUGGCCAUGUUGAUUUACUUAUACAAAAACAUAUAUCUGUUCUUGUCAUUGCAAAGGUUUUUCAACAAUGAAAAGUUAAUUAUUUGUAACAUUGUCAUUAUUAUAAUAUUGUUUUUACAAUGAAUGUUUAAAAAGUAAUUAAUCUGAAUCAUCAAGGUUUUUCUUCAAAGGUGUUGGCAGCAUUUUAUGUGAUAUUUGGUUAUUUGCUGCAGCACUAACCAUUAUAUGUAAGAAUGUUUUCUGUUAAAAAUAAAAGUAAAUAAGUGACAUGCAUCAUUUUAUUUCCUUUACACAACAUUUCCUAUUGUUGUGACCAUUGAAUAACCAAACUGAGCAGACUUUGAUGAAACUGAAAAUGUAUGACAAAGUUUUUAUCGCUUUGGUUUUCUACAUUUAUUUCCACAACAUUUAAAUAUACAAUAUUAUUAAUCAUGUAGUCAUUGAUACAAACAAGAAUCUACUGUUGCACAGAAGUUACUAAAAAUCCACAAAUAAAUAAUAAGACAUAUCACAAUAUAACCAAGUUUAUUACAUAAUUGCAACUAAUUUCACAUUUUAGUUCAGUUCAAUUUUAAUCCUUCCGUAUUUUCGCUACUCUAGGGUCGUCGGGCCUCAUGAUCACAUAAACUUGUUUGUAUCUUUUGUUAUCACCAUCCCUCUUAUCGUAAUUAUAAACACCCAAAACUCCUAAGCCAAUACCAACGAUAGCAAGGCCAGUGGAAGCCAUGACUUCUGGAAUUUCAUUCCAACCUUGUU